AUGGCUGUAAAUUCAACUACAAGUACUAUCAAGAAUUACAAAAAAGAAUCUUCUAAACCUCUGAAACCUGCUCCUAAGAAACAAGAAUCAUCUUCGGAUGACAGCGAUGAUAGUGAUAAUGAGAAAACUAAAUUAAAUCCAUCUAAAUCUACUCUAGCUAAGAAUAGGCAAACAAAGGAUACUCCUGCUAAACUUGCUCAGGUAAAGAAACAAAAAUAUUCUUCGGAUAGUGACUAUAGUGAUGAAGAACCCAAAAAAGUUCAAAAACCAGUACAGAUACAGUCAAAUACAUCUGUUAAAGCAACCCCUAAAGUACAAAAUGAAGAGUCUUCAGAUGAGAGUGAUGAUUCUAAUGAUAAUACUACUAAAAAGGCUCCUCAGAAACCAGCCUCAAAACCCGUGUUCACACCAUCAAAGAUUGGUGCUAAGACUGCUCCAGCUAAAAAACCUGAAUCGUCAUCAGAAGAGGAUAGUAGUGAUGAAGAUGAUAAGCCUCAGCCAGUUGCUAGUAAAGCGCAAGCAGUUGCUGCCAAAUCUGUUAAUAAUGUAACCAAGAAAGCUGAAUUAUCAUCAGAUGAUAGUAAUGACAGCAGUGUUGAAAAAAGUAAGGCAACGCCAAAAAGACCAACUAAGCAGACAAAACGUCCAGUGAAACCUGCUGUGUCAAAGGAAGAGUCAUCAUCAGACGGAGAUAGUUAUGAUGAAGCCCCAAAACAGAACAAAACUGUGCAAAAACCUCAACAAAAUCUUGCAAAAGCAGCCAGAAAACUUUUACUUAGAAUGCAGUCUUCAUCUGAUGACAGUGAUGACAGCAGUGAGGAUAAAAAACCUGAAAAAAUUCCAGCUAGAAAAGAAAAGAAAUCCUCUUCUGUAGAUAGCGAUGACAGCAGUGAGGAUGGAAAACCCAAGACCAAUAAAACUGUAAUCAAAACUGUGCCAGCUAUAGUUGUGUCCAAGAAAUUAUCAUCUGAUAGUUAUGAUAGCAGUGAGGUUGAAAAGCCUAAGAAACCUCAACCGUCUCAACCUCAGUUACCUGAUGAUACUAGCGAUGAUGAGUCUAAGCAAAAAACUACAGAUUCAGAUGAUGAUAGUGACGACAGUGAUUAUGAACCUCCAUCUAAAUUACAAAAGAGGAAAGCAAAACAGAGGGUACACACAAAUCGUCUUAAGAUACUCCAAGCGCGACGCCGUUCGAGACCCCCUCCGCAGCAGGGCAAGUGUCCUGUCUGCAAGGCUUCUCUACCAGAGUCCAGACUUCAUAGGCAUCUGUUAUGGUGUCUGAUGCGAGCUGACCCUGAAACGGACGAGGAUAUAACGGACACCAGUUCUGAGGAAAGCAGUAUUGAUGUUGCGGUAUGCUGGUUACAAUCACUGCGUUUUAAGAAAAUAUGUCCGCAAUGCAGAGCUAUCAGCUUCCCAGACCAUUGUGAAGAAUACACAUGUGAAACAUAG